GACAACUCUCUGAAGACGCACUUUCUUUGUCCGUCCACUAGAGGGAGCUAGUUCUCCGUGCAAAACGUGCAGCUCGGUGCGCGCAUGUUGAUGACAUCAUCACCCACGAGCCACAACAAAAAAAAACAAAAACAGAAUUCAUUAGAAGCCGGCCUAGUUAGUCUGAACUUUUCUUAACACCUUAUUCCUUAUUGUUAAUUUAAGAGUUAUUACCACAUUAACAAGGUAUAUAUUCUAUUUUUACAUUUUUAUUUAGUGCUGUAUUUGGUUUUAGGAUUUCAAAUUUAUUAUCUUUUUGUUAGCAGGUUAGCUUUUUACGAAGUAAAAGACGAAGCCUCUUCUAUUCUGAAGGGCAGAAAUAUUCAUGGCAAAGCCAGAUCACAAGACUUCCUGGUGGAGAUCCUGACUUCCACCAGUGUCCACGAGCAUUUCGUCAUUCCUCAGUAUGUCACCACAGAAAAGACUUCUUGUCCCAGCGAGCAGUCGGUGGAAAUCAGCUGAAGACUAUUUUCCCUUCAACUCCCUGCCGGUGGAGUGUCAGCUGCGAGUCUUGUCCUUCCUGAACGAGGUGGAUAAAUGCAGCUGCGCUCUGGUUUGUCUGAGCUGGAGCUGCCUCGUUCGAUCGUGGAAGCUGUGGCGGGUCGCCGACUAUUCACGCCGAGGCGUCUUCCAUCUGAGUCAGGAGGGGCUGCUUGUCUCGAACCGUGAGUUCGAGAGGUGGAAGUCCUGGGUUCAUCACUACACACACCAUCUGAUCUCGCGCCGAGCCAGCCUGCUCACGCUGAAGGCCAGCUUCGACCUCGGGGAUCGCUGCAACAAGUGGAGCGAGUUGUUGAGCCACCUGCUGGAUAAUGUCCACUGCAGAGACCUGAGUCAUCUGGAUCUCAACUGGAACUUUACUCUCUUUGAGCCGCUGGACCUCAGGGUCCACUCCAGCUCCAGCUCUCACCAGGACAGCAUAACCAAAAUGGAUAAGGUGGCCAGCUUCCAGGAGCUACUGAGCAAGCUCACCCACAGCUGCCCGCGGAUCUCCAGGAUGCGCCUCCACUUUGACUGGUCAGAUCUGUCCGUGUCMCUGCUCACUCAGUUCCAGCAGCUGCGAAGCCUCGAGUUAAAAUACUUUUGGGUCUUCAAGCUCGUGACUCCCUCCACACUGCUGACGCUAACCAAAUCCCUCCCUAACCUGAAGUCCCUGACUUUACACAUCCUGGUUCCACACAGGAACCUGGGGAUCUCCUACACGCUGGAGUCUCAGAGUCUGGAGUUCCUAGACGUCUCGCCCAGCCAAGGCCUGGUCUUCUCCCGCCUGAAGCUGCCCGCUCUGCGGGAGCUUCGGGCAAAGAAGAUAGUUCGCGGCAUUACGCUGGACCGGAGGACCAGGCUCCGCAUCCAGAGCCGGUGGCCGUGCUUGUACCACGUCCUCUGGGAGGGGACACCGAAGCUUCAGGCCCUAAACAACGAGAGGCUCCUUCCUACGUGGAGAGAGAGCUGCUCCGAGGAGCUGACCGCCAUCUUGGGACAGUCCUGUUACUGUGUUCAGCAUCUAGACAGCUGGCUUUGGUAGUCAGCUGACAAUAAGUGACCAUCUGCUCACUGCUGGGUAAAUUCCAGGAGAGAAAAAAAAGCAAGUUUUUGCUUUUUAACGCUUUGAUUUUAAUGAACGUGUUCCCCAGAAGGACACAAAGAAGUAGCUCAUUGAUACAGAGAAACAGACAUUUGMCUGCAGGCACAGUCUGGUUCCUUAUCAGGAAUCUGCUGUUACAGUGAGAACUACAAUCUGCAAAAGACAGAAAGUUUGUCUUUUCUUUUUUUUGACUGCAAAAAUUGCUUCGUAAUAAUUCCAAUGACCUAAUAUACUCGUUACCCAGUGUAAAGAGUAAAUUUUAAGUCUUUAAAAUCGUUUCAAGAGGGGCAGCAUUUGUCCGAAACAGUUGAGAAUAAAGGCAAACUAUUUUCAGAAUAACGUUGGCAAAUAUAGGAGAAAUGAUUGUCUCCACUUUUCACUCAGCACUUAUUAUUAAAAAAAACAUUUAAUUAAUAAAAAGCACUGUUUCAAAAUUGGCUUGGUGCAGUUUUGCUGAAGCUUAAAUUUAUUUUCAGAAAGCAAAUUAGUGAGGUGUGAAAGCAGGUGUUCAACGGCACUCAGUGCAAAACAUGGAAUGAAAUAUAAAAACAAUCCUGAACUAUAUUUGAAAGAGCUUACCCCUGAUUUCCAGAAAUAUUUUAGAAAUGUUUUGGAAUGCAGGUCCACCCUUAAUGUAAACAGAACAUUCUGAUGCAUUCGGUGUAAACCAUGGCCUACAUUAGACUGGCGGUGAUCUGUGUAGGUAAACAAACAUGAUUGAAAUAGAAUGAAACUCCUGCUAAACCCAGAAAAAGAAAAGCAACAGUUCAGACAUCUGUCAAAAAUAAAUAUCAGGGAUCAAGCAGGACAUCGGAGCAACAUAAAGACUGCUCUGCAUUCAAACAUGCAGCUUUGGUGAAACUGCUCCAUCAGUCAGUUUGACCUGUUUUUAGUCAUUUCAGCUGUUUUUGUAGGUAAACAAGCACAGCUGGUGGUCGGCAUAAAAUAAAAAUACAACUUUCCAGUCAAAACAUAAAUAAAUUAUUACUACAACUUUAACCAUAAAGCAUAAAAACAAACAUUGUUUUGUUCUAGAUUUAUUGAACUUAAACCUAAACUGCCUUUUUCAUGGCAUCUAUAUUUUUUGCAAUGCAACCAUUCUGUUUCUAAAAUAUUUUGCCUUUCUUCUCUGUGUCAGAUUAUCUUGAAAAAUGCAUCUCUUUGGAAAAUGACCUGUACUGUAAUGUAAACUGAGCUAAUGCGCUUUGAUUAACUCGUUGAAUUCACUUGUAUUUAUUGUUGGAGACAAACAGCGGCUGUUUCUAUCUGAUGCCGAAACUGUAGAGAAAUGAAGAAAUUUGCACAGAAGUUAUGAGGAUCAGGUUAAUUCUAGUAAAUAUUCAAAACUGAACAUUCCGGUGGAAAAUAUUCUAAAGAAGAAAAAUGUUGUGAAGAGUCUGUAUCGGAAUAAUGAAGCUCUUUGUUUGAAAAUUAGCUGAAAACUGAAGCUGUAGUCGUGUUUUUGCGUCCAGACGCUCGGCGUUAAGCUGCUUUAAGUCCAAUCACAGCCGGCCAGGAAUGUGAAAAACCAGCUGGAUCGUAUUGUUUGAUUCUACGGUGCUCGUUUUAGUUAGUCUGGUUUUAUGCUGCGUGAAGUGUCUCUUUAGGCAAACGGAGGUUAUGAAAUAUUUGACAUGUUGAUGUGAAGCAAUCCUGCAGCUUUAAAUGAACUUUUUUUGCACAUUCCCAUUGCUGUCGUGGAAGGUUGCUGCUCAGAUCCUGACCGGCUGAACUCCAGCUGAUGCUUUGAGAAAUGGUUGCAGAUGUCCUCCUGACCAGCAGAGGUCUCUGUUUGCAAAGAUUUGGUUUCUCUCAGGCACAGAUUGACURACGGAUGCUUUUGAGUAUUUAAACGCGUGAGAUUUUUUUGACAUUUAGAUUUUUUUACUCUGCUGUCAUUAGGUUUCCAUGUUUGCUGUGCACGCAGUUGUCACCUUCAGGUUUAUGGGAUGACUUAACUGACAACCAAUUUCCUGUUUGUGAGGGUUUAAUGUCCUCAACACGAGCAGGAAGCACUGACACACGUUGUACCUUCUGGUCCACUUGUUUCUCAUAAUAAAAAAAACAUCAUUGACA